UUGAAUAUUUUUUAAAUAUUAUUUUAGAAAAUUAUUCUUUAAUAAUGAGAAUAUAUUCUUGUUGGUGGAACAACGUAAAACUACUUCAUGCAAGUAAAUAUCCGUUAAUGCAAAUUAUACCCGUUUAACUCUCUAUAAUUUCAAGAUUAUGUGUCGACAAAAAACAAAUUAUCAAAAGAAGAAUAUCCGUUUUUUCCGUCUACGUGACAACGCCCAGAGGCCAUAGCCUGGGGUCACAGAUUAAUCUAUUAGUCAGUGCUGGGAUCACGUUUACAUAUGUACGUAUAUUUAUUUAGUAUAUAUGCGUGCGUGCGUGCGUGCAUGCGUGCGUGUACGUAUAUGCGCGUGUGCGUGCGCGCAUGGCUUCUGAUCUCUCUUUUGUACAACUGUUACAUACAGUAUGAAGCAGAAGUCAAAGAGUGCGUUUGUUCAGAUAAAUUUGAUUAUUUUGUUUACGAAAUAUUGUUUAUCGAGAAGUUUUAAUGUAAUGUAGUUUGCAAAACGUCGAUUAGCAAGAAAGUAAUAGGCAAAAAUGAAGGAGAUUCAUUUGCCGGUACACAACAACUCGCCGUCGAUAGAGCGUACCUUACGUCCAAUAUCUUACACGUCAUGGUUGAUGGGCGUCGGCGUUGCACGUCCGCUAAAGUGUCCAAAUUUUGUGACGAUAGUCAUACGUAUCAUUCACCUGGUCAUGUGUACAGUGAUUCUAAUAGAACACUUAGAAUACGUUUCGAAUUUUGCAAAUUUUACAUCGGGUGUGUCAAUAAACAAAUUCUUCUUCGUCAUGGAUAAUACGGUAUACGUUGUCUCGACAUAUUACUCCGUUUAUCACGGAAUCAGCCAGUAUGAAUGGUCGGAGCUGAUGGACAAAAUGAAGGAGCUCGAUCGAAAGAUCAGGAGAGAAACGUAUAUGAAUGACCACCCAGUAAGGCACAUGGAAGCAAUAGCGAUUCUUAUAACUUUUACGUGUUGCCCUUUGUUCAUGAUUGUGCACGCCCUGUAUGACUUUAUGCAUUCAUAUAACACUGCCAUGACCGAAUUGGUGUUUUAUUACAUGAUGGCACGAUCGUUAAUCAACAGCUUCAUCUUCGAUGUUGUCGUUUAUGUGCUGUAUUACAGAUAUCAAACGAUAAAUAAGUUAAUUGGUAAUUUGGAUAAACUAUCGGAUGCGCCGUUGAUUGCGCUCAAGAUCAGACGCAUUAGAGAAAUGCAUAAUGAUAUUUGUGAUCUAGUUGUUAUGAUAAACAAUAUUCACGGUCUUUAUCUUCUUCUCUGCUCGGCAAAUUGCUUCUUUAUGGUCACGACCACCCUGUACCAUGCUAUUGUAGUCGACAACUAUAAGGGUAUGCUGAUAUUUUACAUAAUUUCGAUUAUGUACAGCAUAUACUUUGGUCUGAUUUGUUGGAUUUGCGCACUCGUGCAUCAAGAAUUCGAGAAAACCAAGAUAAUUAUGUGCGCAAUUGCAUUGAAAUGCCAAUCUAUGAAGUUUGAUAAAUUGAACGGUACAAGGAAUCAAUCGAGUUUAGAAAUACGACUGUCAUUGGAAGACGCGGACAGCGGGCAAAAUUCUAAUUGGAGUGAUAGUCACGAUUGGAAUUGCGUUGUUACGGAAAAUCUCUUACGUAAAAUUAUGGACCCGGACCAUGUUAAUAACGAAAUUAAUAACUUUUUGAAUCAACUGCAACAUCGUCGUGUAUCAUUUACAGCCUGUGAUUUCUUCGAAAUGAACAAUAAUCUGUUCUGUAAUUUUGUCGGAGUGAGCUUUACUUAUUUAACAAUCUUCAUUCAAUUUACUAAAUAACUCGAAGAUCUAAACGAGAAGAGAGUGCAACUUGUACUGGUAGUUUAUUAAUAGUAUACAGUCGAAAUUCUACAUUGCCAUGGUCUCGGGUAUUGCACUGUGACGUUUAGUAAAAUUAUAGCAUUGUAAAGUAACCCUAUUCUAUUGAUAGGGAGAGAAAGCGGCAUACGCGAGCAGGCUGCAUGGUGAUGAUGCGCGGUAGCGCGGUGGUAAUACGUAUAUCAUGUGCGACAAUGAAUGUAUAGAUUUCCUCUUCCGUGAGGCAAUGGAGAAAGUCCACAAAAGAAACCAAGACAGUUUUUAUUUCCAUUAAAUUAAAAGAAUGGUCAUUGAUUUAUGUAAGAAAUCUUAAUAGACAUACGAUACAAAAUAAUUUGAAUAUUUAAUUUAUUGUAUAUAAAUAAACAUUUAAAUUAUUGUAAAAACAUUUUUUAAUAAAACAGUAAUGCAGUGCGUAUAUCAAUUUAAGAAUAAAUUUAGUUUUACUUUUGCAAUCUUUUUAACCAACUCAUUAAUCAUUAUCUUGCUUUAUUUACUCAGGGAAUUUAAUUAAUUAAUUUUAUUAGAUUUAUUUAAAUUAUAUUUAAACUAUAUCACGUUUAUGAAGAGAUAAAAUUAAUGGCAAGCGAUUUAACAUUGUAAAAUUGCAAAAGUAAUACGUUAUUCCUUGUUACAUAAAGUGUCAGAGAGAAUUUACGGCACGCGCUUGUAGAAGUGUUUUGCUUCCAGAAGAACUUAACUAUUUUUGCUACAAAAUAUUUUAUGUGAGAAAGUAUAAUGUAAUCAGCCCUGUUCACGUCCAACCGCAGCCUGGAGUCACGUUUACGUAUAUACGCACAUUCGUUCUGUUUGUACGUACGCGUUGGAGAUAAUCGCGUGUAGAUUCCGGACCUUUUCACGGUCGACGCGAGACAGGCUUCAGAUUAUAUCGGAUUGUGUUUCAUCUGGAGAGCGAGCGUGGUUGAUUAUGUAAUUGGUUCGAUAUUCCCGAUUUAUGACUUGUACAUUAUUGAAUGUCUCUUUGAUUUGGGAGAUGGCACUCCGUACUAGUGAGUGUACGAGACUGAAGUGAGUAUUCGUCACUUUCUUCAAAGGUUCGUAGCCGGGCAAUUUGCGGAGCGAUAAGUGAAAUUCCAGGGAUCUUCGGGAAUCUUCUAAUUAAACAGAAUUCGAUCUCGAAAUGUAAGGAUGUCGAUGCCGUUGGCUCGACAAACAAAGUCAUGUAUUAAUAACGUAAAUAGAAAGUGAAAGUGUAGUGACAAUACGGUACAGUUAUAAAUAAGUAUUUAUAAUUGAUUGAUAAUUUAAUUUAAUUGUAUGAGCAGCCGUGGACAUCAAAAAAAGAAUAUUCUUUAUUUCCGUCUACGUCACAACGCCUAGAGGCCACAGCUUGGGGUCACAGAUUAAUCUGUUAGUCAAUGCUGGGAUGACAAUUACUUAUAUACGCAUAAUUUUGUACACACGAGACACCACAGAUGCGGUUCGCGCUCGCUAUCUGACCUUUUACUUUUUACUUUUUAAAAAUAAACUACAACAAUAAUUGUAUAAAUAACUAUCUAUAGAAAUUU